AUGUUUGGCUUUGCUUCUCAGUCUUUCUCUUUCUUGUCCGGCACCAGAAGCCCUCGGACCGCGCGAUAUUUUCAUCGGGUCUCAGCAGACUUUAUCAACUAUGACACAAGAGGAAAUCCGGUUGCCAGGAAGGUGCCUGUUAUUGUUGGUAACCCGGGAGAAACUUAUGUGUUGAUUGAACCAGGAAUCGAUCGAUGCAAACUUACAUUUUUCCAUGAUUCGCAAUACUUUGGGUUUGGUAAGCUGUCAGUUUAUCCCCGCCUCUAUGUCCCAAGCCCUAUCCCUCGCCAAACAGACUCCAACACAAGCCCGGCAACCUUGUUCUUGAGUGGAAAGAUGCAUGAGAUAGUUCUAGAUGGAACUUUUGAUGCAAAAUUUGCUGAGGACGCAAGCGCUACGGGAAGGAAUCUAGAACAUGUAGUCGAACAGCUGAAGGAUAUGUGA